GAGUUCAGUGACUGCGCUUAUCAGGAAAUGCCACAUAAAACAACAAGCACCGAUUCCGCAAGAUGCGCUCCUGACAUUUUGCUCAAACAUCGAGAGACCUCGAGUUGAUUCACCAGGAUGGAAAUCUAGAUAAAGUUAAAUGAACGCUAAAGGUCUGGUGCGAGGCAUCACACACCUUUAAUCAUGGGAAACGCAAAAAGAGCAACGCAAAACGACGAGGACUACACUUUCGUCAGUCCAGUAGUCAAAUAUUUACUGUUCUUCUUCAACAUGAUAUUUUGGAUAAUCUCACUGGUCCUGAUAUCUAUUGGUGUUUAUUCCAGGAUAGUUAAACAUGAAACAGCGCUGGCCUGUCUAACUGUGGAUCCAGCUCUGAUACUGAUGGUAGUGGGAAUUCUCAUGUUCUUCAUCACUUUCUGUGGCUGUGUGGGUUCUCUGAGGGAGAACAUAUGCUUACUGCAGACGUUCUGCAUCUUCUUGACUAUCAUGUUUCUGCUGCAGCUUCUGGCUGGUGUUCUAGGAUUUGUCUUCUCAGAUAAGGCACGUGGCAAAGUAACGGAUAUGUUUGAUAAUGCCAUCAAGCAUUACAGAGACGAUUUAGACCUACAGAACCUUAUCGACUAUGGACAAAAACAGUUUAACUGCUGCGGGGGGAUUUCUUUCAUGGAUUGGUCAAAGAACAUGUAUUUCAAUUGUUCAGACGACAAUCCAAGCAGAGAGCGCUGUUCUGUACCCUUCUCCUGUUGUCUGCACGCCAAAGAGGAGACUAUAAUAAACACCAUGUGUGGUCAUGGCAUGCAGGCGCUGAAUUAUCUGGCAGCCAGUGCCUUCAUCAAUACCAACGGCUGCAUUGAUAUACUGGUCAACUGGAUCCACAGUAACCUGUUUCUACUGGGAGGCAUCGCACUAGGUCUCACCAUACCCCAGCUGGUUGGAAUCCUUCUCUCUCAGGUGCUUAUUAAUCAAAUCCAAGAUCAAAUUAAACUACAGAAUUACAACCAACAACAUCGCUCAGACCCCUGGAGCUGAAAGAGAAAAGGAAAAUCUGGGGGAAAAAAAGGAUUUUGAGUGAUGUUUUAAGAUCAUGUUUUUGAUAUUUUACAAAUCUGAAUAUCUGUAUGAAUUGUAGCAAGACAUGCUGAUGAUCAAUAGGUCAAUACAUCUAUUUUGGGAUUGAAAACUGAUUUUCAGUCUUGUGGUGUAAACUAGUUUAUAUGAUAUUUAUUAAAUUGCACUGCAUAUUUUAAAAGCAGACUUUGUAUUUGGUCGAUAUGUCAUCUGAGAACAAAAAUUAUUGUAUUAUUAUUUACCAAUAUAAUGUGUGUAAAACAUUCAUUUUAAUAGGUCAGGUAUGCUUCCUAUAAAUUUUUUUUAUUUAACAUAAUUUUGUAAUUCAAGUAUUAUUGACUAUUACUUUAAAAAAAUGUAUUCAAUAAGCACUUUUAUAACAUUACUAGUUGAUCAUAUUAGUUUUGCUGAUGAUUUUUUUCAAAAUGGGUUCCUACAUCAACAACAUUUCUGAUUAUAAUCUGAAUAAACACUGCAAGCUUGAUCUGGCCAGAGAAUCAAGUGUUUACUCUCCUCUUCAUAAUCUGGCAGUAUAGUGAGUGUCUUCCUUCUGUUUGGAGAACAGAACGUUCAUUCAGUGGAUCCCAAUGUUUUGUUGUUUGUUGUAAAUAUAAAUAAAAUAUUUUGAAGAUAUAAA